AUUUUGGAUCUGAGUUACAGUCCUGUCCCCAAAUCACAGGAUGGCAUUUUUACUCUGUAAUAAGGACAAAGAAAUAUAGUUUACCUUCUCAUACAGAACAGUUGGACUGGCUGUAUGUUAGUUAUAAAUCUAUUUGAUUGCUGGGCACUAAGUUUCACUGAGAUAUAAUGAAUGGAUCAGGGAUCUACAGAGCUGCUCAAAUUACUCACCUGUGUUGUACAGAGGAAUAAUUGUUUAGUGUGCUUGUAUUAAGUAGAGACAAACUAGCUACGAAUGAUAUUACAACAAACACAUUCAGCACCACUGGCUUUCCAAGAGUCGCUGAACACACAUCUCCCUGGAACAAAGUGCCCAGUUGGAAGUAACUCUCACAAAGUAAAGGUCUAGAUGAAAGGCUGGUCAAUUUGUAAAGUAAAUUAACUGUCACCCUUUGACUUUUGGUCAAAAGUUUUGCAAAGCUCUAAAUAGGCUGUCAGCAAAAUUUUAGAGCAGUGCUGAGAAGAACAACAGGACCAGCACUGCCUCCAGGAAUAAUGCCCACUGUAGAUGACAUCCUAGAGCACAUUGGGGAAUUUAACUUAUUCCAGAAACAAAUCUUUUUUGCUUUGUCUCUCUUUUCUGCUGCCUUUACCUCAAUCUAUGUGGGGAUUGUUUUCCUGGGCUUCAUCCCGGAUCACCGCUGCCUGAAUCCUGGAGUUUCAGAGCUAAGCAAACGAUGUGGCUGGAGUUUGGAAGAGGAGCUGAAUUACACCGUGCCAGGCCUGGGGAUACCAGGAGACACUUUUAUCAGCCAAUGUUGGAGAUACGAUGUGGACUGGAACCAAACCACCCUCAGCUGCACGGACCCGUUAGCCAGUUUUGCCAGCAACAGGAGCCACAUCCCCCUCACCACCUGUCAGGAUGGCUGGGUGUAUGACACUGCAGGGUCCUCCAUUGUGACUGAGUUUAAUCUGGUAUGUGCAAAUUCCUGGAAACUGGACCUGUCUCAAUCAAUUGUGAAUGUCGGAUUUUUUUUUGGCUCUUUGGGCAUCGGUUACAUAGCAGACAGGUUUGGUCGUAAGCUGAGCCUUUUGGCUACGAUUUUCAUUAAUGCUGUGGCCGGAGUACUCAUGGCCCUUUCUCCAAGCUACACCUGGAUGUUAAUCUUCCGAUUGAUCCAGGGAUUGGUCAGCAAGGCCGGGUGGUUAAUAAGCUACAUCUUAAUCACUGAAUUUGUCGGCCUGAGGUACCGGAGGACUGUGGGAAUUUGUUACCAAAUGUGUUUCACGGUGGGCCUCCUGGUGUUGGCAGGGGUUGCCUACGCUCUGCCUUCUUGGAGAUGGCUACAGCUCGCAGUUUCCCUGCCCUACUUUGUCUUUUUGCUCUACUAUUGGUGCCUUCCAGAAUCUCCCAGAUGGCUGAUCUCUCAAAAUAAGAGUGCAAAGGCUAUGAAAAUUAAAUCUCUACCAACCUCUCUUCAGAGCCUUAAACCUGAUGAGGAAGACAAUGAAAAAAUGAAGCCAUCCUUUAUUGAUUUGGUCAGAACACCUCAGAUAAGGAAACAUACCUUGAUCUUGAUGUACAACUGGUUCACAAGUUCUGUGCUAUAUCAGGGUCUCAUCAUGCACCUGGGACUUGUAGGUGGGAAUAUCUAUUUGGAUUUCUUCUAUUCUGCUCUGGUUGAGUUCCCAGCUGCAUUCAUCAUUAUCCUCACCAUUGAUCGAAUUGGCCGGCGCUACCCUUGGGCUGCAUCAAAUAUAGUGGCUGGGGCAUCCUGCCUCAUUUCAGCUUUUAUUCCCAGUGAUCUAAUGUGGCUAAAGGUUGCAGUUGCAUGCCUGGGUCGAAUGGGCAUCACAAUAGCAUAUGAAAUGGUUUGCCUGGUCAAUACUGAACUGUAUCCCACAUUCAUCAGGAAUCUUGGUGUAAUGGUCUGCUCUACAAUGUGUGACAUUGGUGGAAUGGUAACACCAUUCCUUGUCUACAGGUUGAUUGAGAUCUGGAAUGAACUCCCCCUAGUGGUUUUUGCUGUGGUUGGCUUAAUAGCUGGGGUGUUGGUAUUGAUGCUCCCUGAGACCAAAGGGAUGGCCUUACCUGAGACCAUUGAAGAGGUUGAAAAUAUGAAGAGAAAAAGAAAAACUAAAGAGAAAAGUAUUUACCUCCAGGUCCAGAAACCAGAAGUCAUGCAUACCUAAGAAGAAAGAAAAUUAACCCCAGUUAUGGCCUGCCUUCAUGAUCUAAAAGCUAGAAGCAGAAUUAUUCGCCCAACACAAACCCCAUACAAUCUUAUUUCCUUUCAUGCCUCCUAAUCUUAGCUCUAUAUUCUAAUGGAACUUGUAAUACUAUUGGUCCAGAGAACCUAGGGUGCUCCAUCCUGUCAAACCCCCUCCAGUUCUCUCCAGAUCCCAGGAUAAUAACCAUCAAUUUGUAUAGGAACUAUUCCACAUUUGUGUUUCCUUUAAGGACUCCUUUCCCCAUAUUCACUUGUACACAGAAACAAUGAAAACAAUAGGGGGAGUUGGAGAGAAACACAAUCACUUAUAAAAGAAGAAAAUGUAUUUUCCUGAUUGAAAAAAAAAAAAGAUUAUGUACCUGAUUAUCCACAAUGGGUAGUGAUAUUUUUAAGUGAGCCCUUCUGUACCAUGAAUGAGGAAAAUUCCAAAUAUUAUACUUAUUUUCUGUGGCUUAUUUGAAUUCUUGCUAUGAGAUUUAGAAAUUCCAAAUCCCAGUACUGUGGAAUCAGUCAUUUCUUUUUGACUUCAGACUGGAUGGUACUUGAGUACUCCUAUAGCAAUGCUAACAGAGGUCAUCUUUAAAGAUCUGGAAGGCGUUGCAACAACUAGUCAGGGUCCUAUUAGGAUGGUAUCAUUAAAGAUACACAGAUGGUCAAGAUUUUGCAGGCUAGAGAAAAUUACAAAGAAAGACACACGAAUUUUGCUUUCUAUAUGUAUCUCCAAGACAAAGAUGAAAUGCUAUUGAGUUUGGUCGAGAUUGAAACAGUAAUAAUAGUAUCACUUUGAUAUAGAGAAUAUUAUUAGUAAGUGUAAGAACUCUAACUCCAGUCCAGGGACCUAAAGCCAGUCUGAGUAUUCUUCUCUCUACCUCACAAGAUUAAGUCUUUUAUACAAGGGAUAGAUGGCAUGGAAAGCUGAAGGAAGGAGCUGGAAAGAGGGCUUGAAGUCAGGAAGUCCUGAGUUAAGCAUCUUGCCUAAGACACUUACCUAGCUUUGUAAUCCUUGGAAAACCACUUAACCAUACUGUGUCUGUUUCCUCAUCUGUAAAAGGGGAAAGAAAUAAGCAUCCAUUAAGUACCUGCUAUGUUACAGUCACUGUGCUAAGUAUUUUUUUAUAAAUUUGAUCUUUGAUUCUCGCAACAA